AUGCACCGAGCCGGCCUUUUUGGACACUCGCUAUCCUCAUCCGACCGACUUAAUUCAAUGUCUUCAAGCUUGCUUUCGGCUCAAGCUGGUUCGCCCUUGUCACUUCGCCCUUUGUCGAUGCCUCAGGUUAAAAUUUGGUUCCAAAACCGGCGUAAUAAGUUCAAAAGACAAGCAGUAACCGAGGAUCCGACAGCUGCUCUCCAAAUGCACCGAGCCGGCCUUUUUGGACACUCGCUAUCCUCAUCCGACCGACUUAAUUCAAUGUCUUCAAGCUUGCUUUCGGCUCAAGCUGGUUCGCCCUUGUCACUUCGCCCUUUGUCGAUGCCUCAGGUCAAUCCAGCAACAGCGGCCCGCUUCUUGUUCGGAACAUAUGGAGCGAUAGCGGCAGCUCAUGCACAGCAGAUCAUCUGA